AUGGAGUCCGUACAGAAAAUUGAAGAGGCGUUGACAACCCUCUACGGGAACACCGAUCCAGGCUUGAAAGCAAAGGCAAACACGUACUUGCUCGAGUUCCAAAGGUCACAGCAGGCCUGGGACCUUCUUUUCCCGAUUCUCGAAAACCAGGCAUCCUCUUUUGAACUCCGGUUGUUUAUUUGUCAAACCCUCCGGUCAAAAAUACAGUACGAUUAUGGCCAACUCCCGGAUUUGAGCACCGUCGAGUCCUUGAGGCUCUCCAUUUUGAAGGUCCUGCUGCACCUGAGUAACUUCAAAACCGACAAGCUGCUCGUCAUUCAGCUUUCCAUUGCAUUGUCCUACUUGAUCAUCCAGGACCUCACUUGGGAAAAACCCAUUCUCGAUAUCAUGAACUAUCUGGCCAACAAUCCGGUCAAUCUCUUGGAAUUUUUGAAGAUCUUGCCCGAGGAGAUGUCUGAUAUCAAGAAGUUGCCUCUCACCAACGAGGAGUUUGAGCUCCAGUACAAGAAGUUGCUCGUUGACAAUGUCGAGAACAUUUACUACGUUCUUAUCCAAAGUACAAAUUCACUCACUCCCGAAAACAAGGACUUAGAAACUUUGAUUUUGGCAUGUAUCAAGUCCUGGAUCAACGAGAUCCCAAUCCACAUGAUUUUGAAUGACAACUCUGCAUUGUGGAACCUCAUUGUCGUUGGGUUUAAAGAUCACGAGACGUUCGAUACGUCUGUGGAUUGUAUGAUCACCAUUGUCAGUCAAAUCGAUAUUUUUGACCAGUUAAAUGAGAAUUUGCCUUACAUUGAAAUACUUUACAAACAGCUGGUUGAGCUCAGACCACUUAUUGCUGAAAAUUGGGAUGACCCAAUGGUCAUUGAAAGAUUCACUGAACUGUACUCCACUGCGGGAGAAGCAUGGCACACAUUGGUUGUGAAAGACCCGGAGAAUUUCCAAAUUCUUGUGGAAAUAAUACUGCAAUUGACGACCUACACCGAAGAUCUAGACAUUGUCAAAUACACGUUCAAGUUUUGGUAUGAGCUAAAAUCCAUGCUAGUGUUGGAAAAUUUCAAAAGCUCCAAGGUGGUUUUCAAACCGAUCUUUAUCAACUUGACUCAAAUCUUGAUCAACCAUUUAAAAUAUCCAACAAUUUCGGACUCCACCAAUACCAGCGAUUUGUUCAACAAUAACAAAGAGAACGAGGACAAAUUCAAGGAUUUCAGAUAUGAAAUUGGUGAUGUCCUCAAGGAUUGCUGUCUGGUUGUAGGUCAGUACGAUUCCUUAAGGUUGCCAUUCGAUGGAUUGAAAGCCCUCAUUGAAGACAAAUCUGCAUCUCCUAAGUGGCAAGAUAUAGAGUGUCUGUUGUUCAGUAUAAGAGCAAUGGCAAAGGAGAUUGACAAAAGUGAAAAUAAGAUCUUGCCACAAAUAAUGAAUUACCUUGUUCAAUUGCCAGAAAAUCCUAAGAUCCGUUAUGCAGCUACUUUGGUUUUAGGUAGAUAUACCCUCUGGACAAAUGAACAUCCGGAAUUCCUCCAACUGGAAUUGAACUAUAUUAUCGAUGGGUUCAAGCUAGAAAACUCACAUUACAACCACGACGAAAAGACACAGAUCAUCAUUGCAACCAGUCAUGCGUUGAAAUAUUUUUGCAUGGAUUGCAACAACUUGUUGAUUGACUAUUUGGAACCAUUAUACAAUCUCUACUCCAACAUAGAAAACUUCUUAGACUUCCAAUCGCUUUAUGACAUAGUAGAAGGACUAUCAUAUGUGUUGAAGAAGUACAUUGAGAAGAACAUUCUCACCAACGAAGCCCAAUGUUUGAGCAUCAUCCAGAUGUUCUGGAGCUCUACUAUUCAGAAAUUGAACGAGUUUAACCCUAAUUAUGCUAUAUCCACUUUUGUGAUGACAGAAGUGCUACCAAUGAUUUUUGCUGUGAUUCAGAAAUACGGGAAAUCGUCCAAGGUGAGUGAGAGAUGCAUCAAGUUCAUCAGAAAGUGUAUUCAAAAUUUCAGGCGGUUUAUGAUUCCCUCCCUAAAGUCGAUUGAGGGUUUACUUGUGGAAGGCUUCCAGAACUACAAGUUCGGUUGCUACCUUUGGUGUUCCGGGGCAUUGAUAAAGGAGUUCAGCGAGGAUGACGACGAUAUUGACGAGUUUAUCAAAAUCGACCCUUCGACGAUGGGCGAUGUGUGGGUCUUUGCGCAGGAGCAGAUCAAGACUUUCAUCAAGAUCUACCGCGACGAGAACGACGACGUGAACGAGGACAUCGUGGAGGACUUCUACCGGAUGAUGAACGACAUCUUGAUGUUCAAGCCGAUCGAGCUACUGAACAGCUUUGAAAUCGUCGAGGUGCUCUACAGCGUGUCGCUUGAGAUUGUGGACAAGUUCAACGAGUUUGGCAUCUUGAAUCUCGUGGUGAACUACUUGACGGACCUGUUGAGCUGGAGCUUGGAGAACCCGCCCAUCUCGAUCUACUACGACAUUCCGAACGUCUUGAAGUACAAGAUUUACGGGCUGCUGAACGCCAACAACACCGAGCUCGUGGUGAAGUUCCUCAACUACUCGAUUCUGAAGUUCAACGAAGACCUCGUGUACAGCGCGAUCGAGUUGGUGAUCGAGACGUUCAAGAUCAACAACUGCUACAAAAACCAGUUCGAGAACCUCAACACCGUCAACGCGUUCCUCGCAUCCUUGCCCCCGGACAUCAUCACCGACAGCGAGAAAAUGAAGUUUUACACCAACCUCGAGGUCUCGCUUGGCUCGAAGAACUUCCGCAAGAUCCGCUCGACCUUGCUUGACUUCAUCCACUGGUACAAGCGGAAGAUUGUGAACAGAAACUAGACGAGCAUCAACGAAAGGGAAUGAACUGAAACGAAGAAAAGGAUGGUGACCAAUUAAUAGAAACGUGUACACAUAUAACAUGCAAAACCCACCUCCACCACUGUAUAAUUGACGUAUCCACUAAUAAAGUACCAAAAAAAUGCUGGAAAAGAAAAACGCCCGGGACUCUCCGGGACGCCCCGGGCCCGCCCGAGCGGAAAAACUCCGAGGCAGCGAGGGCGCAUUGCCGUCGACGCGUCGCCGGGGAUUCGAGGGGCCCGGGGAUACAAGUGGAGUAACGGAAUGGUUGUUUGACUAUAGAAGUGGUUAAUAUAAAAUAGAUGGGAAGAGAGAAAGAGUCCCGCUUAGAGGGUGGAGGCGGUGGCAAAGUACUUACCGGCGUAGA